AUGAAAACAUUUGUCUUGAUUGUUCUCUUAGGAUUGGCAUUUGGAGUACAAGUGAAUGAAUAAGCAACAAUUUUGUAAGAUGCUUUGACCAACAAUUUAAAAGCUACAAGUAUGGGUAGAGCAGUUCUUGCAAUGGUUGAAUUGGGUUCACCUAAUUUCAAUCCCUUAUUUGAUGCAUUGGAAGCUUGGGCUUCACUUAUUGAAGUAAUAUAUCAAUUAAUUUCAGCAAACAAUAGCUGAUGAAAAUUCAUCUUAUGGGGCAUUCGUUUAAUAAGUAGAAACAGAAGAAACAAAUUAUAAAGCUCUGAUUGCUUAAUACGAAAGCGAAUUAGCUGAAUACAAUAUAUAAAUUAGAGAAAUCUUAAAGUCAAGAAUUUCUUUAGAGGAAGACCUUGAAAGAACAAGAACUGAAUUAGGAACCACUAAAUAACAAAAGGCUAACAUAGAGAAUUAAUAAAGAGAAGAUUCAGCUGAUUUCAAAACAAGAACCAGUUAAUUGAGUGCUGCUAUUGUAGUGAUUGAUGAAGCCUUAAAAGUAUUAGAUAAAGCAAAAUGUAAAUCAUAUAUUAACAAUAGACUCAUCAUUUGUUGAAGAAGAUGCUUAAUAAUUAUCUUCUUUAGUCUCAGGAACACCAGAAUUACAUUCCUUAUUACUUUAAUUAAAUACUGAAGAUUACAAGAGUGCAUAAAAUUUAUAAAAGUAUAUAUAUAUAUAUAACAUAUUUAGAGUCAUCAAUUUAUUAUAAAAUAUUAGAGAUUAAUUUAAUCAAAAUAUUCAAACAUUAUAAGCAGGUUUUACAGCAGCUUAAUAAUAAGCUUAAGAUAUGUUUGAAUUAUUGAAUGCAAAAAUUGAUUAAUUAGUCAAAGAAGUUAUUCCAUAAUUACAAUAAGAUAUAUAAGGAAAGGAUAGUAAGAAUAUAAUCUAUUUAAAGGUGAAAUUGAUUCAAGAAGAUAAUUAGCUAAUGAAGCUCAAGCUAAUCUUGAUUCAGCAAGAGAAAGUUUGAAAUAAUCCAUUUAAGAAAAAGGUUUAGCAACAAAUAGUCAUAAUAUUUUAAUUUCUGAAUAUCAUAGCAAUUUAGAUACUGUUGCAGAAUGUAUAAGUGCUUUACAUGGAAGUGGAAUUAAAAGAUAAUGAA